GAUGAACCUUCCUACGGAGUAAAGCUAGGAUUCUUUGAAUUAAACUACAAACAAAUAUAUGUUGGAGUCAUGUCCUCGCUUAUAUCUUUCCCGCAGCUAUCAUCAUAACCAUGAUUUUCCGGAACAGGCGUUUCCGCGGAGAGUCACAAAACAAGGGGAUGGACAAAUAUAAGACGGACUUGACGUUCAAUGCGAACAAACCUUCUGGUUCACUUCCAUGGUUCUUUAUAUUUGUUGGAUAUGGAAUUGCGACAGGGUGUAUAGCUUCUGGGUCAUUCUUCACGACCUUGUACAGCAUCCAAUGGGGAGAAGAUAUAUCGACGGAUUGGUUAGUGGCUAUAGUAUUUGGUGCCAGCAAUGAAGUGGCUCUAGUUGAACCAAUAAAAACGAUCCUUAUGUCCAUGGUACUGGCCUGCAUAUUUAAGGGGAUAGCGAAAAGUUCUAUCAGUGAGAUGGCACCAUUCCAAAUCGACAAUAGUAUUAGUAUUGGAGCUUCUGCAAAGUAUAGUCAAUGGCCAGGGGACAAUGAAGACUCGGCGAACAAGGCGAGGUUAAAAAAGCUGAGGCUGCUUGACCGACGUCUGUUUAUGCACUUCCGUGGAUUCCUCGGAAACCUUUUAUACAUAGGCAUACUCGUCUUGAUAUGCUCACACAACGUGGUAGAAGAAGCUAGCCAACAGAACGCGGAAUUGGUCAAUUUACUGAAACCUCUCAAGAAGAUAAACGAAACUGCCGAUAUAUGGGCUUGGUUGAAUACAAGGUAUGCUGACAACGUGUUUCCUAAAAAGUGGUACAACGGUGACCCCAAAUUACCACCGGAGAGGAAGUACAUGAGCGAUUCGACGAGCUAUCGCAUGGGUCCAGUGCGACUGCGUCAAAUACGGGUCACGGGUACAUGUUACAUACCGGAUGUGAUGCGGAAAGCAAUGAAUGUGUGCAGACAUGAAUAUAAGGAAGAAUACGCAGACAAGGCAGCGUAUUGUCCAGAAUGGACUUUGUAUCAGGGCUCGUGUGACGGAAGUGGAUUUACAUAUGUUUCCGGGAAUGCGACUUCCGCUCUCCCUUAUGGUGGGACCUUUGGGACGUACAGUGGUGGUGGAUAUGUUAAAGACAUAAACCCAUUCAAGGCAGAAGUCACUCUCGAGAUAAAUAAGUUGGCGAACAGCAAGUGGAUUGAUGAAUAUACUCGAUUUGUCGUUGUGGAAAACAUGGUGUUUAAUCCUAAUUCCCGACUUUUUAGUUUGAUCAGUAUGGUGUUUGAGUUCCCCAGUAGUGGUGGUAUCUACCUCACCCCUAAGGCACAGUCAGCCCGAUUGUACCCGUAUGUAAAUGUCUGGGACUACCUAGUUCUGGCGGCGCAGGGAUUGUUUAUCCUGAUCACGUUUAUUAGUGUCGUCCUAAUGAUAUACGAUGUCUGGAAUCUCAAAAUGCAGUGUUUCACAUCAAUAACAUUUCUGGGGAAAUGUUUGAGUAAUGGAUUUGCUGUGGCGGCCAUUGUUUUGUAUAUUAUCAGGAUUGAUCGAACAAUUUAUAUUGUGGAGGAGAUAUUCAAUUCAGCGGAAAAAUUUCUGUCUUUCGAGAUUGUCGUCUUUUACGACAACAUUUAUAAACUGUGCAUCAGUGUCGUCCUGUUUGUUGCAAUACUGAUGCUUCUGAAGCCACUGACCUUCAACUACUACCUGUAUAUGAUGAAGACGUCGAUUUUGGUGUCGAAAAUGGAUCUGCUUAGCUUCAGCGUUAUCCUUGGAGUUGCUAUGACUGCCUUCGCAUGUAUCGUCCAUUUGUUUAUUGGUGCGACGUCCUUCUCAUUUAUGACUAUGGCUAAGUCCUAUCUCACCCUGUUUAGGACCUUACUUGCCAUGGUGACCUUACGAGAACUCAUGGGCAGUACUGACGAAUUUGAGACGGAGAUCGUUUUUACGAUUUUCAUAUUCACAAUGACUCUGAUUCUGCUGAAUAUGUUCAUAUCUAUCCUUAACGAUGCCUUUACUGCUGUGAAAGACGGUAGGAGUGGUGGUGCGGUGACACCAUUUGAUUACGAGCUAAACAAACAUUUCUGGGGCAAGAUGAACCAGGCAUUCAAUUGCAACAGUAACAAAAACCCUAAUAACACACCUAAAGCUCAAGACUGUCCAGAUUUACAGAGCCAGAUCGACAGCCUAUCCAACAUACUAUUCUCAAAAUCGAGAGAAGAAUUGAAUGACGAGAAAAGAAUUCUUGAUCUAAUGAAUAAAAGAUAAAAACAGCAGGAGGAAUCGACUUUGGCUGAGGUUGACCAGUAUUGAUCCGAAUGCGAUUUGAAACGAAUCAUUCAUAUUCUGGUGUUUCCUGACGACAAUUCUUCUAUACUGAUGCUGAUAAUGAUUUGAACGUGCAUAGCAUGUGUAUUUAUUACUAUAUGAGUGCAUCAAUCAACAUUGUUAUGCAAAAACGCAUUCAUGUCAAUCUUAGAGCAACCUGUUUUUGCAUUAAAUGAAGCACUAGUAUUAUUCAGAAUCAAUCAGCUGUUGUUUCUUUUUUAAUGAUUUGUUUCUAUUUUGGCAUAGCCAUUGUAAACAUGUCAAUCCACGUCAUUAAGCACUGUUUUAUUAACAAUUAUUGAUAAUAAAAUUGACUUUCUAUUCAUUAUAAGAAUUUUAAUAAAAAUAAAUAUAUUAUGGUUUACUUACAAUUAUUAGAUGUUUAAACAUAAACAUUAUCGAUAAAGCCAAUGUACUAGUUUCAAACUAUGUACAAUAAGACAAGUGGGGACGAUGUCAUCACAAUAAUAUUAGCCCACGGUUUUUAUUGAUUGCGUCCGUACACACUAGGGGUUUACAAACAUACUUCUUUGAAUGAGUUGUUAGUUCACAAACACAGAGUGCUUAGAGUUGAACAUUUAUUUGACACGGUUAAAUGUGUACACAUAGAAAUUUUCUUAAUAUCAGCAUUUAACAAAAAUACAAUUAGGUCAUUCAGAGGGAAGUUUGGAACAAAGAACUUUGUUUCCUCUGAAUACAAUAUAAUCUAAACAUAUUUCUAUUAUAUAUAUCAUAUAUUCAAUAUUUUGAUAGCAAUUCAUUGUAAUUAACAGCUUCAUGUACAUGAAGCUUGCUUGAUAUCUCUUCCAAUUUUAACUCAAAGCAUACCUUCAGCGAUACUUAGAUCUUCAUCAUUGUAAAUAGCUAUGUGCAAUUCAUAUAAACAAUAAAUUAUAUAGAUGGUGUAGAUUAAUUAGAUGAGAAAAAGAAAAUAAUAAUUGAAAUUUUAUUUUGUUUCAAUAAAUGUGGAUCAUCAAUUGAAAGAGGCCCUUUGUAAGCAUCUGUCACUUGUUCUAAUGAUGAUUGAUGUUAAUACUACCCAAUUAAUGAUAUUGUAUUUUAUUAAUUUGUAUAUCUUGAACAUAAGCAGUUUACAUUAGCUACACUGGGAAAAACUUUUAACUGGGUACGUUUGCUGACUAAUUUACUUCAAGUAAAGGUAGAGUAGUACUUGCCUUAAAUUAACAUUUUAUACCAGCUAAAGGGAAACAUGAUAUCGAGCUUGUUCUGCUUUGAUGACAACAUGCCAAUGGUAUCAACCAAGGGCACAUAACUCUAACUGACAUAGCCUCAGUGGUUCCUAUGUCUACUGUAUGUGAUACCAAAAUAAACACUAGACGCACGUAGUAAGUAAUUGUAAGUAUUGUUUCAUUACAUCUCAAAGUGAUUUAAUGAAACAGAAAGCGUGUGUUUUUUUACAUCUCCAAGUGUUUUACGAAAACAAAGCAUGUGGUGUUUUUUCAUCUUAAGGUGUUUUAAUAAAACAGAAGGUACCUAUGCUGUGUUUUCUUGUUUUUUUUCUUUUCUUUUUUUAAUAAUGUAAAGAUGGGUUCCAACGUAUCAACGCUCAAUUUUUGUUCUCAAGAAAUUAUUUGAUUAUUUUCCUUAAAUGUUUCCUUGACUGCCGAAGUCAUUAGUACUUAUUUCCUAUGCAACGAGUUACUGUAAAAAUUGGGAAUUAACGAAAAUCAAAUAACUUAGACAAUCUUGGGGGCAAAUAUCAAAUAUCUCCUAUCUGAAAGGAUGUUGUUUUACUUACUUGCUUGAUUAUACUACUUUAAUUAUUCU